AUGGCUUAUUACUCUACCGGAAAUUCAUCUCUUCCAAUUGAUGCUGAUUUUUCUCAAUCCCUGCCAUAUUGCGUUUGAGUUCCUUGCAUUCCAGACCUGUCCACGCAUUCUUUCAUACCGAUCUAUACCAUUUCAAAUUUCGCACAAAGUCAAAUCUCUAGCAUACCUGACUCCCCCCCCCCCCUCCGUGAGCGAACAAAAAAAUUUUGUUCGCUCACGGAGGGGGGUUAAUUUUUUUUUUAAAAAAAAUUUAUAUAUAAAUUUUAUAAAAAAUAUUUUUUUCGAAAUUUAAAAAAAUCCUAAUUUGCAAAAAUUGGGAAGCAAAUAUUAAUUUAAUUUGCAAAAUUUAUGUUUUAAAACGCAAUUUGUUUAAAAUUAAACAGAAUUAGCUCUAGAUUUCAUUAUACUAAUUAUCACUUUAUAUAUCAAAAUUUUUUUUCCAUUAAAUUUUUUCUAUUAAAAAAAUUUUUGUUCACUCACGGAGGGUGGGUUUUUGGUCAAAAAAUGGCGAUUUUUCUAAUGGUUUUGUUCGCUCACGGAGGGGGGGGGGGAGUGAGCGAAAAGUCCCUAUAAGUAGAGGUGGAAUGAAAUGGAAACCGUGAAAGGAAAGCGAGGAUAAUUUAUUAAUAGAAUUAGUUCAAAAGUAUGGCACCAAACAGUGGGCAAAAAUUUCAUUAGAAGUUAAUAAUGCGUUACAUGGCUCUUUAACUGUCCGAAAUGGCAAACAAUGCCGAGAGAGGUGGAAAAACCAUCUGAAUCCGAAUCUAAACAGUAAAAUCUAUUUAGAAGGAGAAUGGUCACUAGAAGAAGACUUGCUUCUAAUGAAACAAAAACUCGAGGUCGGGAAAAAAUGAUGCAGCAUUGCCAAAAGGAUGCCAGGAAGGACAGAGAACAGCGUGAAAAAUCGAUGGAAUAGCUUGAUCAAAGCUGCAAAAAAAAUAAAGGAGCUAGACAACACGGCAGAUGAUUUGAUUGCUGCGAUAUUGAUAGAGGAAUUUACCGAUAGUUUGAACAAACAUUAG